UGCGUGUCCGCGUGUUGUACUUGCACGCGCCAGCGCUUAUAUUCAUGUGUUGCGUCGCGUGUCGUGACCGUCCUCUCCGCAGGCAGCCCCGCGUCAUACUCCAACAUGUCUGAACAAAAUAACCGUCAGGAUGUCUUCUCUAAGCCCAAGGUUGAGCUCCACGUGCACCUCGAUGGGGCCAUCCGACUGCAAACUAUUCUUGAUGUUGCUAGGAGACGCGGCAUCCCUCUGCCGGCCGACACAGUGGAGGAGCUGAGGGGGCUCAUCGUUCUCCGGAAGCCGACCACGCUCACCGAGUUCCUGGGCAAAUUUGCUGAGUACAUGCAUGUCAUCGCUGGGGACCGAGACGCAAUAAAGAGGAUCGCUUAUGAAUUUGUGGAGGACAAAGCAAAGGAAGGCGUGAUUUACGUGGAGGUCAGAUACAGUCCACACUUUCUGGCCAACUGCGACGUGGAUCCCAUUCCAUGGAACCAGGCAGAGGGUGACCUGAGUCCCGACGAGGUGGUCCGACUGGUCAACGAUGGCCUCAGGCAGGGGGAGAGGGCCUUCCAUGUCAAAGUCAGGUCCAUUCUAUGCUGCAUGCGCCACAUGCCAAGCUGGUCGGCAGAGGUGGUGGAGCUGUGUAAAAAAUAUCGCCACGAGGGUGUGGUGGCCAUCGACCUGGCUGGUGAUGAGUCGCUCAAUUGCGAGGCCUACCCGGGACACAGGAGAGCCUAUGAGGAAGCAGUGCGCUGCGGGAUCCACCGGACAGUUCAUGCGGGUGAGGUGGGCGCGGCCUGUGUGGUUAAGGAGGCAGUGGAGGUGCUGAAGGCCGAACGCGUGGGGCACGGUUACAGGACCCUGGAGGACCGAGUGCUUUACAAGAAACUACUGGCUCAAAACAUGCACUUUGAGGUGUGUCCCAUCUCCAGCAAGCUGACUGGUGCCUGCAACGCCGAUUUCACCAAACAUCCUGUGGUCACGUUCAGGAAGGACAAAGCCAAUUACUCCCUGAAUACGGACGACCCUCUGAUUUUCGGCUCCACUCUGCAGCUGGACUACUGGGUGGCACACGAACAUAUGGGCUUCCCCCAGGAGGAGUUUAAGAGACUGAACAUCUGUUCCGCGGCGUCUUGUUUCUUACCUGAGCCUGAGAAGAACGAGCUACUGGGCAAACUUUACAAGGCUUACGGCAUGAUCCGGAGCACGGCCUUCUGAAGCCUCACCUGCCAGCUGCUCCCGAACCUUGACCUCUACCUCGGACACAUGAGAAUGUCUUAAUCCUCUUCACAUCACUGCAACCACCUCAAGCCUGUACCAUGUUCUUUUACCUCAGUUUACAGAGAGGCUCUGCGGGAUUUUCGGAUACUGCUGCUUGCAAAAUGGUGCAGAUGUGUUGUUAUGCGGGAUUUGAAAACUAUGCAUGCACGCAUCGUUGCAUUUACAUCGUGAAACCUGUCAGGGAUGCAUGCGAUUGCUCAGCUCUCGACGUUGUACAGAAACACUGGGCCAUUCCAUAUGUCUUCACAUAAACGCCACCUUGCGGUGACAACUGCUGCGUGGAUCGUGGUGUGAUGUGGGACAAACCAUUCACUGUGAAAGAGGAGUUGAAGGGAUCCGGACCAAAUAGCCUUAGCAGGAUUUUUUUUAUUUAUCAGGUCGUAAAAGUACAAAAGCAAAAAUCUUCCCGUUGAACACGAGAUGGCGUAGGUGGCGAGGUCCACUUACUCUUCGCUUUUAACAAAGCACAACUUCUUGUGGUGUUUGAUUAUUUAUAAACAUCCGUUCUGAUCAUAGAAAGCACUGCCAUUUAUGAUCGCCACCUUUAAAAUCCAACCAAACUCACCCUUAACCACAGUAAAGCUGUUUAAUGUGUGCAGCCUC